AUGGACUUCGACCUCCCUAACGAUGUGGAAAGGCUGUUUGUAACCCUGAGGCGGAGACUGGCGGGACCAAAAAUGGCAUUCGAAUAUCGGGAGGAGUUCUGCAUGCGACAGCAACGACCUGAGGAAAGCCUGAUGGGCUAUAUUGGGUCCGUGCGGCGCCUGACUCGGUUGGCAAACCUCAUGUGUACAGCUGCGAAACGCAAUUCACACAUUCUCUAUCGAUUUCUGGCUGAGCUCCGAAAACCCAGAGACAAAGUUGAACUACAUUUACGGCCACCAAAAGAUCUUGCCGCCGCAGAGUCAAUGGCCGAGAUCCUGGAUCAGAACGGGUACCAGGUAAGGCGACCUCAAGGCGUUUUUGCUGUAGGUUUCAGACAGGAAGGGAGAGCACCAACCAGAGAAAAUGGUGAAAGAAAACCCCAAUGGCACCCACGUGCUGCACCUGUCGUCAAACUGGGCAUACCUCGCGAUUUUGUGUGGGGAGGAGGACCGAGUAAGUCCAUACCAACAGUUGACAAUGCCAAUAAUUUCACUGCUAUCAGUUUGGACAUGGGGUUACCCUUUGUUGAGGUAAAUGUGGAGGGAAAAACAGUUAAUUGA